GUGGUUCAUUGCAUGGCGGACCUCUAUGUCCCCAGAACUGUCCAGGAAGGCACCGAGCAAAGUCACUAAGCCACUCUUACAUUCUCCGUCCGACCACCUGUUAAAGGAGAAGCCGCUGCCUCUGCCGUUCCUCCCAUGUAAUAGUAUGUGGGAAGGGAUCUGCUCGGAGCGCACUGAGCGGGACGAGCCAGAAGUGGAGUGAAAAGCAAAGGAGAGCACCGGGGCUGACGCACCGCAUGUUGAGCCAGCAAGUUGCUUGACAGAACAAAAAGUCGCGUCGACGGGAAAGGGGACAGCCACUGUUGGAUUUAACAGAGCCUUUAAGGAUCACUGGUUCAUGCAAAAUGAAAUUCGCGGAGCAUCUUUCGUCCCAUAUCACGCCGGAGUGGAGGAAACAGUAUCUACAGUAUGAGGCAUUCAAGGAAAUGCUGUAUGCUGCCCAGGACCAAGCUCCUUCCAUAGAAGUCACAGACGAAGACACAGUGAAAAGAUACUACGCCAAGUUUGAGGAGAGGUUUUUCCAGACCUGUGAAAAGGAACUUUUGAAAAUCAACAUAUUCUAUUCAGAAAAGCUCGCUGAAGCUCAGAGACGAUUUGCGACACUGCAAAAUGAGCUGCAGUCAUCACUGGAUGCUCAGAGGGAGAGCAACACGCCGCUCGGCUUGCGGAAACGCAAGACGAUGUUUCACCUGUCGCAGGAGGAGCGCUGCAAACAUCACAACAUCAAGGACCUGAAGCUAGCUUUCAGCGAGUUCUACCUCAACCUCAUCCUGCUCCAGAACUACCAGAACCUGAACUUCACUGGUUUCCGUAAGAUCCUGAAGAAACAUGAUAAGAUCCUGGAAACCUCUCGUGGGGCCGACUGGCGUGUCGCUCACGUGGAGGUGGCACCUUUCUACACCUGCAAGAAGAUCACGCAGCUCAUCAGCGAAACAGAGACCCUUGUAACUAAUGAGCUGGAAGGAGGAGAUCGACAGAAGGCCAUGAAGAGGUUAAGAGUUCCUCCACUGGGGGCAGCUCAGCCUGCUUUGGCUUGGACAACUUUUCGUGUGGGUCUUUACUGCGGCUUCUUCGUCAUUCUCGCCAUCACCUUUAUUCUCACUGGUGCUGUGUUCAUCCACAAUAAGAAUGUAUGGCCUCUGGUGCGGAUCUAUCGUGGUGGUUUUUUAUUGAUCCAGUUCCUCUUCUUGUUGGGCAUCAACACCUAUGGGUGGAGACAAGCUGGAGUCAACCACGUUCUCAUCUUUGAGAUUAAUCCCCGGGACAACCUUUCACAUCAACACCUGUUUGAGAUUGCUGGUUUCCUGGGUGUGUUGUGGAGUCUCAGCAUCCUCUCCUGUCUCUUCUCUGAGUAUACCUAUCUCCCCAUGCAGAUCAACCCUCUCAUCCUUUAUGGCUUCAUGGUGUUUUUCCUCAUCAACCCUUUUAAGACCUGCUACUACAAAUCUCGUUUCUGGCUCCUCAAACUGCUGUUUCGUGUGUUCACUGCACCGUUUCAUCGGGUGGAAUUUGCAGAUUUCUGGCUGGCAGAUCAGCUCAAUUCUUUGGUCGUUGUUCUCAUGGACCUGGAGUAUCUCAUCUGCUUCUACAUAUUUGAGCAGCAAUGGAGCAAUAGCGAUGGCCUGCUUCCCAGUUUAAAAGAUCAUAGUAACUUCGUAUGCCACAGCUACUCAUACGGACUGCGUGCCAUCAUCCAGUGUUUGCCUGCCUGGUUCCGUUUUGUCCAAUGUCUGAGGCGUUACCGUGACACCAAGAGGGCCUUUCCACACCUGGUGAAUGCUGGGAAAUAUUCAACCACCUUCUUUGUUGUCACCUUUGCAGCUCUCUAUGCCACACAUAAAGAACAAGACCAUACAGACGCUGACAUGUUCUUCUACCUGCUCAUCGUGUUCUCCAUCAUCAGCUCCUUAUACACACUGAUCUGGGAUCUGCGUAUGGACUGGGGUCUGUUUGAUCGCGGAGCAGGAGAAAACACCUUCCUGAGGGAAGAAAUUGUUUACCCACACAAGGCGUACUACUAUUGUGCCAUAAUAGAGGACAUCAUCUUGCGUUUUGCCUGGACGAUUCAGAUUUCUCUGUCCACAACAAUCAAAUACAACUAUGUGGAUGAUAUUGUGACUACAGUACUGGCUCCUCUCGAGGUCUUCAGGCGAUUUGUAUGGAACUUCUUUCGUCUGGAGAACGAACACCUGAAUAACUGUGGUGAGUUUCGUGCUGUGCGGGACAUCUCUGUGGCGCCACUCAACGCUGAUGACCAGACGGUACUGGAGCAGAUGAUGGACCAGGAGGAUGGCGUCCGAAACCGCUCAGGCAAGAAGACCUGGAAGGGGUCCCACAGCCUGUCCCUCAGACGUCCCCUGCUGUCCUCCUCACAAUCGAAAAAGGAUACAAAGGUGCUGAUUGAUGAUACGGAUGAUGAGGCCUUCAGCUGAGCUCACACCAUCAGCAUGUACACACACUCACACUUAACUACACUAUACUUAUAAGGUCCACCUUCUUUAAGACCCAACCCUCCUCCUUCAGUAUAAUGUGCAGGUCUAACCUUCAGUGUAAACCUUUAAACCAGUGAGGACAGUCCUCACCUUAUAGAAGAUACCUCAUCUUUAUAUCCAUGUGAAAAGAAGUGGUCUUUAUAAGUAUAGAAAACACACAGUAGAAAUUAGUGAGAAUCACACACACAUGUAAACCUGCUGAAGCACAAACAUAGUGUAAUAUUGGUACUGUUAAGGAGAGAAGGGAGCCGAUGCCACGCGGUCACACAGAAGGACAGACAACAAGGAAACUUGCUAUAUAUCAACAAGCAUGACAAGACAACACUGCCCAGGAUUAUCCUCUGCUUUUUUUAAUCAGACUUUUUUUUUUAGUAUCUCUUAUUAACUUUAAGAUAUUACAUUUAUUUUGACUCUUCUUUAAUUUCUCCAGAAUCCGUUUAAGGCUGCAAAUGACUGUUUACAUGCCUUAUUUAACUCCACUAGGAUCAACAGGGAAAAUAAAAUGCAAAUCAAAAAACUACUAAUAAACAGCAUCCUGAGCAAGGACUCUAAACACAACAGCAUAUCAACACUAAUCAACUGGUUUUAACUUGUUGAUUCUUUUUAUACUUUUUUAUUUUUAUUUUUUCCUUUGAGUUGUAAUGUUAGUGCACAGUUACACUCUGGAUGCACUUGCAGGAAAAGUGCAUGUAUAACACAAAACAUGGAGUAAUUACUUAAAAUGGGAUGUUUUGAUUGAAACUUUUUUGGUCUGUGAAGUUUAUUUGUAAUAUAUUUAAUAUAUUUUGAUGUGCAUUGUUACUAUAGUUGUUAAGUUUAUACCAGUAAGACAAGUUUUUUUUAAAGCAUUUUCACGAUCGUUGCUGUAUUUUAUAAUGUGCAGAAUGUUUUUCUUGGUUCCACUUGUGCCACAGUUUUGAUAAGCUCACCUUAAAUUAAUGCACCAGUGGCUUUUUAAAUCAUCAUAUCUAAAGCUGAGGCACACACGUUGCUAUUCUUUACUAUCUUUACCAAAGCUUUAUUAUCAUUAUGAAUGUCAGAAAAGGGAUGAUUUGUUUCCCAGUUCCCCCCUGAGCAAGAUCCCAGAUCAGGAUACCAGAACUGGAUGUAAUUGGAGAAUUAUUAAUUUGUUUAGUAUUCAAGUUACAUCUAGUUGGAAUCAUGAGGGUCAGUGGAUUUCAAACAAGAAGCAAAACUAGGGAUAGAAUGAGGAGAACUUCUAAAUUCAAAUUUUGAAAUGAAAAAACUUCUUAUUAAAUCCAGACUCAAAUGUGAAAUGUCUUUUCUUGGUCUUGUACUUUCCGUCUAUCCAGAAGGAAAAAACCCUGGUGUCUCUUGUGGCAAAACAGGCACACGGAAAAAAAAAUACAGCACAUGUACAAUGAAAAGUAACUUCAUUCAUCUAGUUUCUAAUUGACUUUAUGUCAACUAACUUUGUUUCACAUAUCAGAAAAGAUGUUAAGGAGCUUGUAAACAUAGACUGCAUUUCCUGUGACCACCAGACAGGGGCGCUGAUGGGAGUUAAGGUUCUCCCACUGCUCACAUAAAGCUUUUUUUUUUUUAUUUUGGUGAAAGUUUAAACAUAAGGAAACAUAGAAAAACAUGCAAAAUCCAAAAUCUAAAACUAGUUACUUUUGUGACCAUCACAGCCCAUUAAAUAGGAUCAUAACUCCUUUGUGUCCAGCUUUGAGCCACUAAAUCAGCCUGGUUUAUUCAGUCAGCAUCAUUGUUGUUUUAUUGUUCAUAAAAAUAACUUCAGAUGUUUUGUUUGUUAGAUAUUUUCUUCCAGUCUUAGUCAACAAGCUAGAAAUAUGUGACGUGAAUCUAAUGCCUGCUGUUUGAUCCCAUUUUUUAAAAAGGCCAUUUAACAAUUAAUGAGUAGCUGCUGCUGCUUGUAAAGAACCCCUGGCAUCGUGACAAACAAUGCUAGCUCUAAUGUCUGUAUGUAUUUGAUUUUCUCUUCCUGUUUGACCCCCUGCCCCCCUCCCCUCACUUGAGUUGCUGCUCUGAUGUUCUUCCCUGCGGCUAUGCUGUCACCACCCACCCGUCAUGAGACAAAGUGCAAAGAGCUGCAAGUCAGAUUUGUUACGGUGAAGUUUGGUAUCUUGUACUUCUGGUUUUAUUUUUCCCCCUCUUUAGCAGCUUACAGACUAAAAAGUCUGUGUCCAAUGAGCUUAAUGCAUACUGGAAGGCUUAGAAGGUGGAUAGCUCCUCUGUCCAUUUCAAUACACCACAACACACAUUUGACAAGACACACACGCAGACAGCCCACUUUGCCUCUCGUGUUAGCGCACACACUACAGCUAAGAAGUUUUGUAAAAAGGCUGUCGUCUUGCCUGCAUGCUGCUUUUGUUUCAUUUUGUACAUAGAUGUUAAUUUAUGACAUGUAUAUUAGUAAUCAUUGUACACACCGACAAUGAAGGAUUUCAUUUGUUGCCAUUUUUGCUCCUGAACAAGAAGUAGUCCUAUAUUAAAGGUGAAAGGGAGUUUUUGUUAAAUGAUCUAAAUCCUGCACUCUUUUUCAUGUGUAAAGCUGUUGAAAUGUGUUUGUAUGAAGACAAAAAGAAGAGAAAAAAAAGAUAAAAAGAAUGUGUUUUGUUGUAUCUUGUGAUUCCUUUGUAUUUGGAAGCCCCAUCAUGCGUGGGUGCGUACAUCCAAGGCUGAUGUGAGGACGUGGGAACAGAUCCCUUGGUCCUGAGGCUGUUUGUACAUUUGUGAAUGUGCAUGAAAAUAUAGGUAAUGUUACAGCUGUAGUUUUCAACUGUCCUGCAGACGGAAGCACUUUGACAUACUUUAGUGGGGCACAGAAACAGACUCCAGGCCAGUCAGGGCCCACACCAUAACAAGAUGCCAGAUCUUGACCCACUCACUGGAAGCAUUGUGAGGUGCUUCUCUGUGGGGAAAAUUGUUUAGUGAUCUGUGUCUGUUCAGAUGUUUGGUGCGUGUGACUCACUAAAAAACAAAAUCAGGGUUAUUUUGUAUGGUUCCUGUUUGAUGAGGUGGCAGUGACAAACCCUGACAUCCCAUUAGUCUCAUAGGUAAAAAAAUCAGAGAUUUUUUUUCAUGGCUUGCUGAAAUCUUCAUGUUAAAGUGCUUAAUAUGUGUGCAUCUUCCCCUUCCUCUUUUGAUGUUGUUUGUACCUUUUCUCUAAAUUAGCUGAAUGUGAUAGUACUUGUAGUUUGGUAGGUGGAUGUUCUGCUUUAAGAUACUUAAAAAAAAGAAAAAGAACAGUAAUUACACUGUGGCUAAAUGUGACUUUAAGAAACAAAAGGAAAAUGUUAUAGUCUGAAGCAUCCUCUCCGAGUCCCUUUUACAGAGUAGUUUGUACAUGUUACGUGUAUAACAAUGUUCUAUGAUGGUUUUUCUGAACGGUAUUUGUAUUUCUGUAUACACUUUGGUGAUCCUGUCUUAUCUGGGUUUUAUAAACCACGGUUAUUUUUAAAACUCA